UAUUCUGAGUCAUUUGACGUAAGCACGCAGCAGUGCUCAGACGCAGGGUCGGAGGUCGAGCACUGCGCAUGCUCGGGAUCUCAAUGUCAGCUCUGUGCUUCCAGAGGGACAUUGCUGGCCUUCAACAUGUUGCACACAUCCUUGGGGGCUCUCCGCACCGGGAUUGGUAUAGGCCAUUCAUUAACCCGCAAUAUGGGCUCACUUACCGCUAAAAUGGCCGAAUAUAGAAAAAUGUGGAAACCCAGUAAGCCCAAAGAUUGGAAUGUACAAUAUCAGGAAAGAUAUAUUCCUUUUUCUAGGUGUGAACUAGUGGACUAUUUGGCUCAGGAAUUCCACUCCUCUAGUGAGUUUGAGAAGCAUACGUUCCUUUCCUUUGUCAAGCAGUUAGAAGGGACUCUCCUCCAGCCUUACCAUGCAGUCCUGGAGGAGCUUCAGACUUUGUAUGAUCCCAUCAAUCCUGACCGUGACGCUGUGCUAGUUUCCAGCAGCCUUACAGACAGCGAAAAGUUAUCCAAAGAAAAACAGGUGUUGGAGUAUCUGCAGCCAGUUCUGGAUCAGGCGAACUUUAAUGUGUUGUCUGAGGAUGCUUUGGCUUAUGCACUAAUUGUGCACCACCCUCAUGAUGGAGUGCAGGUUCAUGUGAAUCUUGACAAAUACGAAUAUAUCCAAUACUGGGCACUUGGACAGAGACUUGGACCCUUAACCUUCCAGCUGAACCCCAAGUACCAGGAAUCGCUCUUCUCCAGAAGUCCUCGCACCCCACCAGAAAGGCGUUACUUUAAGCGGGUUCUAUUAGCAGCUCGACCUAAAAACUCCCAUAUGAUUUUAAAAUGCUUUAAAGAUAUACCCCUGGAGGGGUUAGAGCAGCUGCUUCCUGUGAUAAAGGUGCGAACGUCCAGCUUUGAUCGCACUUUAUUGAACAUUAUGCUGCUAGUUAGCGGAGGCAUCGUGUUUGUCAAUGUGGGGAUGGUGGUCCUUUCAGACCUGAAGAUUGGAAGUUCCUUGCUCUUCUUCUUGUUUGCUGGAUUCAUGACUUUCCGCGCUUGGAAGGUGUUUGCUCAGAGGAGAAGAGCCAAUUCACUGGAAUUAGCUCAUAUGUUGUACUACAGGAGCACAUCUAACAAUGCAGAGCUGUUGGGUUCCUUGACUCUCAGAGCACAAGAAGAACAUGCAAAAGAAGUAAUCUUAGCCCACAGCUUUCUAAAGCAACUUAACAUCCCAAGCCACGGGUAUAACACAGAUUCUGAAACAGUUCUACAGAUGAAAAAGCAGGUUGAGUCAUGGCUGCAUGAAAAAUCUGGACUGGAGAUAACAUUCUCUGCAGAUAGAGCACUUGAGAACUUGAAGAAUAUGAGUAGCAAAGAAGAGAAAAGUUCUGAAGAACAGACCGUACAUUUGCACAACUGAAGAUAGAAGGAUGCCUUCUAUGGACUAACAUUUGUUUUUGUUAUGCAAAGCAGAUUGCACUCCAUGUCUCUGGGUUAUUGUGCUUGUUGUUCUGUAUGUGUAUAAUGACAGAGACAAGUUACUACUGUGUUCAUUGGCUUGUCUUGAGAAUAUUGAUUGUAUAUAUGAAUAUGCUGCUGCGUUUUCAGAGGCUGACAUUAUCAUUGUAUUUCUGCUUGAUGUAUUUAUUAUUUGGUGGCAAAGCUUUCACUACAAGCAAAUAUAUACCAUAUUUGCUGGCGUAUAAGGCGACCAGGCGUAUAAGACGACCCCCUAAUUUUACAGUUUAAUUUUUUUUUUUUUUGCCUG